UCCGCCAUACCUUAGCAACGUUGUAGCGACAAUCGUUUCAUGUGGAAAAAAUCGCCAUUAUAAAAAUAACAUUUGGGGCUUUAAAAACUUGAAAAGAUGGCACAGGGAGACCCAAUGAAAUGGCAUAUGCCUGGCUGGAGGAUAGAACAAAGAUUUGCUCCGGGUGUUUUGAUAGGAAACUGGAGCGAGGAAAGGCACACAUUCAAUAAAGGAAAUACAAAGCAUAACAGCACCAACAGAGUGGACUUCAGAAACUUCGGAUCGUACCGACCCGAUGUCAUUGUGCGACGGAAGGCUCAGAUGAGAAAUGAUGGCCUGGGCCAAGAACACAUCUUCCACCACCAUGGAGAGAAAUACACGCAGAACAACCUGUCGUGGUACGAUGAACAUUACAACGGCCGAUACAAGGAAAACACUCUCCCAUCUCUUCGGGAUUGGAAUGGCCACAAACUUUCUUGGGCACCUGAGAAAUCUGACCAUCCUUUACAGGGAAGGCCCACAAACUUUGGACUGCAUGAGAAGUUACAAAACAAAUGGAAGGACCAGAUUGCCGAUGAAGUAAAGGGAGAUUACUUGUCUACCUACCAGAACUCAUUUAUAGGACAUCCCAAAGAAAGCAUGGUGAAAAAUCGAUACGCUUUCUCUAAAGAUAUGUCCACAACUCUACACCCCUACAAUAAAGUCAACAAGGACCUACACCUGAGGAAUGCGGCCGUAUUCAAGUCACCAGAAAAACUGCCCGACCUUGUUUAUACAUAAGAACUGAAUUUGCUGAUGUCUUCUAAUCUUUUCUGCAUCAUAAAAGUUCAUUGAAUACUCACUUAAAACUGCUCUGUAUUCCUUGAUCAACAUUUCAAUGUAAAUGAUAUAAAAAUAUUCAAAUCAUAUCAACACGGAAGAAAAUAUUACUUAGUGGUAACCUUAAUUCCAUAUUAUUGUAAUUCGUUCCAUUUCCUCGUCUCACCUGUCUAAACGAUUUAACCUGUGAAUACUGAUGUGGCCUACAGCGUCCUCAGAAUUUCAAACAUUUGAACUAUUUCUAGUCUUUGUGAAUAUCUGUAUAACUGGUGUAUAUUCUACAUGUUAUGCUAUGUACCUGUGUGUUACUUUGGUAGAGUACAGAGGCGAGAUUAGAGCGAUAGAUUAUUUUGCAGUAUUAAACAUCUGUGAUCAGUAUUUUAUUGUUGCCGACCCUCAUCUUCUUUGACCAAUGUUUGGUUGUCUGCUGCAUCGACAGCAAGGCUGAUGGCUUUAUAACAAACUGUAGUGUUGUGGAUAUAAGUUUUUGAGUAUCUAUAUAUGGUACAAACCAUGACAAUAGUUAAGAUUAUUCAUUGUAAUAAACUUUUUCACUGUGAUACAUUCUUAAAACCAAUCUAUUUCAGGCAUGUUGCUCAAAGAAUUUAACUAUACCCUGAAAUGAAGUGUCAGUAUUUGUAAGAAUUUAACUAUACCCUGAAAUGAAGUGUCAGUAUUUGUAAGAAUUUAACUAUACCCCGAAAUGAAGUGACAGUAUUUGUAUCUGUAGUAUUAUAAUCAUCUCUGCACAGGAUUUUUUUCCUGUGUAUUGUAUGAAUGAAAGUGGAACGAAAUCUCUUGCAGAAAAAGUAUUAAUAUUUCCUUAAAGGAAUUUAAGUAUGCAUACCAUAUUCUAUAUCAAUUAAUUAAAUACAUGUACAUGUAUUCCAGAAACACAUGUCUAUAUAUAGCAAUAUAUUCCAGAAACACAUGUCUAUAUAUAGCAAUAUACAGAUGUUCUUCUACUGCUGACAAGUACUAUAUAUGUGUAAUUGAAAUUUUAUUACAGAAUCAUGUUUUUGAUAUAGAAUGUUUAUGCUCAAAGGGUUUAUAAAACCGUAAAUUUAUUUUUUAACAACUCUUUUAUUAAUUAUACUUAUGUGUAUGACCUUGUUUUAAUUUGCAUCAUUUUCAUUUGUACAUAUUCUUGGAGAUUUACCAGAUUUGUAAACUUUUACUAUUAUAAUUCAUACGUAUCAUUACAUUUGUGUGUGUGGCCUGUUUGUUAAAUGUGCUCUGCACCCACAAUAAAACUGUUUUCAUUACAAAUCCA